UAUUGAAAAUAAAACAAACUUUUAUUUUGAAGUGAUGACUAAACCCGUUGCUAUCGGACUGGAUGCAGAGAUGUUCAUCUGAAUUAUCCAACAAGGGAAGUAAACGACAAGGAUAAAAUACCAUGGAUUUUGUGUUGCAUAGAUAUAGUUAAAGUCGCAGUUUAGUAUUUUUAUCAGUGCUAUAUGUGUAAAUUUGUUCCUCGGUCGACUGGCUCCGGUGUUUAGGAAAGCCACAUCAGCACCGCUGGUAUUAGUUAGCCACCUUAGCAUCUAUAGAUCUCAUUAUGGCAGACAGUAUCAUGAGCAAAGCUGCUACCAUGGAGAUCCCCAUUAACAGUAACGGAGACACGGGGAACCUGGCAGAAGAUGACAGCCUGGAGCAGGACUUGCAGCAGGUGAUGGUGUCUGGACCCAAUUUGAAUGAAACCAGCAUUGUCUCAGGAGGUUAUGGAGGACCUGCAGGAGGCAUCAUUCCAACCAGCACCAUAAAAGACAUCCGCAUGAAAUCCAGGGGUGUUAGCAUGAAUAACAGCAAAUCACCAACCAGCCACAUAGCAAAACACACGGACCAGCAUCCAGGAUCCUCCAACCAUAACACCAGAAAUUCAUCUGAAGAAAUUUCUCGUGGUGUGGCAGUGGAGAAAUUGGACAGUGUAAAGAAAUGGGGGAUAAACACAUACAAGUGCACCAAGCAGAUGUUUUCAGAGAAGUUUGGCAGAGGAUCACGAACAGUAGACCUGGAACUGGAAGCUCAGAUUGACAUGUUAAGAGACACCAAGUCCAAGUAUGAAAACAUUCUAAGACUGGCCACUGCACUCAUCAACCACUUUCAGAGCAUGGUGCAAACACAACAGGCGCUAGGAGACACUUUCACUGAUCUGAGCCAGAAAUCCCCGGAGCUCCAGGAUGAGUUUGGGUACAAUGCAGAAACACAAAAGUUGUUGUGCAAGAACGGUGAGGCUCUGCUUGGUGCCAUCAACUUCUUUGUGUCCAGCGUCAACACCCUAGUCAACAAAACUAUGGAGGAUACUCUGAUGACCAUUAAGCAGUAUGAAAACGCAAGACUUGAGUUUGAUGCUUAUCGUUCUGAUCUGGAGGAGCUGAGUUACGGGCCAAGGGAUGCCACUGCCAUGGUACGCAUCGAGAUGGCGCAGCAUGAGUACCAUGUCCACAGAGAUAAAUAUGAAAGGCUGCGUAGUGAUGUAACCAUUAAACUCAAGUUCCUGGAGGAAAACAAGGUGAAGGUGAUGCACAAGCAGCUGCUUCUGUUCCAUAAUGCUAUCUCAGCUUACUUUGCUGGUAACCAGCAGCAGUUGGAACAAACUCUUAUACAGUUCAACGUGAAACUAAAGCCCCCGGGAUCGGAUAAGCCGUCCUGGCUGGAGGAGCAGUAAACAUUGUACAAUAACACUCUGGUCAGCAAAGAAUUUGGCAUCUUGUUUAAAUGGACAAGAAUUAAUGGUACAAGUAAGUGUGUGAUGAGUAAACACCAGUGACAGGAAACAUGGAGUGCUCACUUUUGUAAUAUAUUUCUGUAUGACUGCAUAGACGGUACAAUGAUUUCAGUUGUAGGACUUCUUGUUAAUUUGUCUAGGGAGCACAAUCGUUUAUAUCUCCAUCACUUCUAUAUGUACUGUAGCCUAUUAUUGAGAAACUCCUUAGCUAUUUUGCACAUGUAUUUUGUUUUGUUUUAAUGUUUGGAAAUGGGUUUUUUUUAGGGGGAAUUCAACCAAAAGAGAUUAGUAAGAUAGUAGAAUAAUGUCAGGGUGUUAUGAAAUGUCACCCAAGAGUGGAGUGUUUUCAUUUUCCUGAGUAGGUAUGUCAAAGUCACAUUUGUAAAACUUAUUCUCAGGUUUUAUUUCAGAAAUUUAAAUCAGACUGGCCAGGAUCAUUUGAAUUUCAUUUGAUUUUCACAGUUAGCUUAGUUUCCAUUUUGUGGAAUCCCUGCUUGAAAGGUCCAGUUUAGGGCUGCACAAUAUAUCGUUUGAGCGUUGCCAUCGAGAUGUGCACGUGUGCAUUUAUUACAUCGCAGGACUGACAUUGUGGCACAGUUAAAUUAGGCAUGCACACUUAUUUUGUGAAUAGAUAACGGUAAAUAUCCGCUGUCAUUUUUCAUGACUAACCAACAAAAGCUAUUGAAGACAUUGAAUUUACUCAAAUAAAGGAUCUUGGUAAUGCGAGUGCAUGACAUGCACCUUCUCCCUCACUGUGCUGCAUGCAGCAGUCACAUUCUCAGCUGCAAAAAAAAAAAAAAAAAGCAAGUGGCUCCUGCGCAACUUGUUUUGUUUUCAGUGAUCAAAAACAAUACUUUUUGAAACCGGGUCCCAGAGUGGAUAAAUCUGAUGCUGAAUUUGCGUCUCCAUGUGGACAAAUGGUACUGAACGUUUUUGGAACUUUAAUGUCAUAGCCCUGCCUCUGUAACCUCAGCUGCUCAUAAUUAAUGACAUUAUUGUGGUUAACAGUGUAAUUUAACAUACUUUAUUUAAAAAAAAUUGUCUUGUUGGAUCAUUAAAGGGAUUUAUUUUCUUCAUGAGCAGAAAGCUGAAGAGAUGAUGAUGGCUGUGGUGAGCGUGAAUAAAUGCAGUGUUAUGAUGCUAAUAAAA